GACGAGAGACGAAAAGGCGCUCAGCUCCGCACACUACGCGAAAUACUGUAGCGAAAGGGCGCUUUCGGGCGAUGACGCCUUGAGCCGCGAUCGCCGUCGCCUCCAGCGCCCUCUGGCGGUCAGGGCGAAUGGGGUCCAUCUUCCUGAGCGGAGAAGAUGGCGGAAGGCGAGCUGAAUGUGGACAGCAUCAUUUCUCGGCUGCUGGAAGUGCGGGGAUGUCGUCCCGGGAAGAUCGUUCAGAUGACGGAAGCGGAAGUAAGGGGCCUGUGCAUCAAGUCCCGUGAGAUCUUCCUCAGCCAGCCAAUCCUGUUGGAGUUGGAGGCCCCGCUUAAGAUCUGCGGUGACAUCCAUGGCCAAUAUACGGACCUGCUGCGGCUCUUCGAGUAUGGUGGCUUCCCCCCAGAGGCUAACUACCUGUUCCUGGGCGACUACGUAGACAGAGGCAAGCAGUCCCUGGAGACCAUCUGUCUGCUACUGGCCUACAAGAUCAAGUACCCUGAGAACUUCUUCCUGCUGAGGGGCAACCAUGAGUGCGCGUCCAUCAACCGCAUAUACGGCUUCUACGAUGAGUGCAAACGCAGGUUCAACAUCAAGCUGUGGAAGACCUUCACGGAUUGCUUCAACUGCCUGCCCAUUGCAGCCAUCAUAGAUGAGAAGAUCUUCUGUUGCCACGGAGGACUGUCUCCGGACCUUCAAUCCAUGGAGCAAAUCCGCCGAAUCAUGAGGCCUACGGAUGUGCCCGAUACAGGCCUGCUGUGUGACCUGCUGUGGUCGGACCCUGACAAAGAUGUGCAGGGCUGGGGGGAGAACGACCGGGGUGUCUCCUUCACCUUUGGUGCUGACGUGGUCAGCAAAUUCCUCAAUCGCCAUGACCUGGACCUCAUCUGCAGAGCACACCAGGUGGUGGAGGAUGGGUACGAGUUCUUUGCUAAGCGACAGUUAGUGACGCUGUUUUCUGCCCCUAACUACUGCGGCGAGUUUGACAACGCUGGAGGCAUGAUGAGCGUGGACGAGUCCCUCAUGUGCUCUUUCCAGAUUCUGAAACCGUCGGAGAAGAAAGCCAAGUACCAGUAUGGGGGGGUCAAUUCAGGACGUCCUGUCACCCCGCCCCGCACUGCCCAGGCCCCCAAGAAGAGGUGAAGGGCUGGUCUGUCCAGGCCUCCGAAGCCUUUCUGCACCCACUGCGUAACAGUGACUCCCUUGUUCUCCUUUCUAUGGGCAGGGGGGGCCAAGCACCCCCCACCCCCUCCACUGACCACAACUUUCUUAAUGAUGUGUACAUAACUUUUGCUGUGAGCAGUCAGUUACCUUUUUGGCUUAUUCAUUUAGUUGGGUGUUCUUAAUUUUAAUAAUAUGACUGUUUUUCCAGUGUCACGGGACUGAGGUGUAGGAAUAUUAAACCAACAAAUGAGUGUUGAAAGGUUGGAAAUUGGGAAAAAUUAGAACUGAACUGGAAAAAGUUGGGAUGAAAACAAGGGACACAAACUAUUCUAUUUUUAUUUAUCAAAUUUUGCUUUUGAUGGUUUAAACAGCCUGCAAUAGUUGGCAGUUAAAUCCCCCUUUCAUAGUGUUCAUCUGUUAUGCCGAAAAUAGUUGGGUAAUUUCACCACGGCAGACCGCAGUGGGAGAAUGCUGUUUUACCCACUCGUCCCUAAGAAUGUUUCUUUCACUUUGACAAAGGCAUUUAUAAAGUAGAACUUUGACCUAAAUAUAUGGACACAACUUAUUUCGUCUGUGGAGGAGAUGCCUGUAUUCCCUGAAAGGGCCUCUUGAAGAGCAUCUCUUGGUCAUUGUGGGCUGUUAUUAAUUUCAGUGACCAGGAUCCCUUUAAAAUAACAAAGUGUGUGUUCUCUCUGAAACACCUUGCAGAUUUGUGUUCGGGGUCUCCUGCAGUGGGCAGCUGGACAGUUUUUUUUUUU